AUGCGAAUCAUUAUCGCCAUCUUCAUUUGUAUGCCGUACUGUGUAAUCAGCGAUCCACCAGGAUGUUGGCGAUCGAAAAUUGUCGUGAUAAAACGCGAAUACAAGGAUCGCAUUGAUAAGCAAAAGGCUGCCGUAAACGCCAUGAAGGACAUUUCUGGCUAUCUCAAUUCUGAAAUAAGCGAGGAUAUGGUUCCCAAAUUCCAGAACUACGGGUACUCGUAUUACUCCACCUUCACAACCUUCGCCGUAGUAGGCGUAGAAGCGAAAUCGUUUGAUAUUCGCGCAAAAUUGGAGUUCUCCUAUGUGUCAUCCGGUAACUAUGUCGAAUAUGUGAGGAUAUCGUUUGAUGAAAAUGGAAUAUCUGCAAUUGUCCGGGAUAAGACAGCAACAUUACCGUCCCCCUGCAAGGAAAGUGAAUAUCUGAACUCGCUGAUCUUUCCACUGAAUGCAGAGCCGUCAUGUGCUAAUAAAUAG